AUGGAAAAACACAUACUUACCAAAGUGACUAUACUGUCCUUAUCAUUCUUCUAUCUCUUUGCAUGCUCAAGGGCUCUAUCAAGCAAAAUUGGGGUGAACUUCGGGCGAUUAGGGAACAACCUUCCAUCUGCAACUCGGUCCAUUGAACUCCUCCAAAUCAUGAAAGCGGGUCGUGUCAAACUCUAUGAUGCUGACCAUGAAAUACUCCAACUGCUGUCUGAAACAAAACUAGAGGUCACUGUCAUGGUCACUAAUGAGGAAAUCUCGGCAAUUGCUAGAAAUCAAGAAACUGCAGACCAAUGGGUAUAUGAACGUAUCCUUAAUCAUUAUCCUGCUACCAUGAUUCGAUAUGUGCUUGUUGGGAAUGAGAUCUUCAGUUAUACAGCCACCGAUCAAGAUUUGCAAAUAAUGAAUGAUCUUGUACCUGCCAUGGUCCGACUUCGGUCCUCACUUAAAGCUUUAGGAAUUAACAACAUAAAAAUUGGUACUCCUCUAGCUAUGGAUAUCCUAGAAUCCACAUUUCCACCUUCAAGUGGAACAUUUAAGCCCGAAAUCAUUCAGCAGAUUGUACCUUUACUGAACUUCUUAAGCGGGACAAACUCGUUUUUCUUUCUUGAUGUUUACCCAUAUUUUGCAUGGGCUGACAAUCCAAUUGGUAUCAACCUUGAUUAUGCUCUACUUAGAGGAAACCAAACUUAUACAGACGUGGAUAGUGGACUGACCUACACGAACCUACUAGACCAGAUGAUCGACUCAGUGUUCUUUGCUAUGGCUAAACUGGGUUACAAUGAUGUGAUGAUUGCUAUAGCAGAAACAGGAUGGCCACAUGAAGGUGACUUGAAUCAGCUCGGUGCAACUAGAGAGAAUGCAGCAGUUUAUAACCGUAACGUCAUAAGAAAGAUGACCGCGCAGCCACCUAUUGGAACUCCAGCUAAACCAGGGGUUAUCAUUCCAACUUUUCUUUUUUCGUUGUAUGAUGAGAAUGAAAAGACAGGUCCAGGAUCUGAGAGACAUUGGGGGCUACUAAAUCCUGAUGGAAGCCCAGUUUAUGAAGUGGACCUGAGUGGGAAGGCAUAUAAGACCUGA